GCCGCUCGCACCGCUUCCGGCGGCCGCCUUGCGCGUCACCAAGGAACUCCACCUGGGUCCUUAAAAGAAAACCUUUUGUCUCCUUGACGGCUAUUUCCAAUUCCUAAAAGCAUAAUAAUAAUAAAUAAAUAAGACAAAUCCACCAAGAAUGUAUUUAAAGAGCCAGGCAGCUUCUGAGCCUCCACAAUUUUUUGUGCUCACAGUUCACAGAGGAAAUGUUCUUCAAAAGACUAACCUGGCUUUGGUUAUACAUCAGAACAAGUAUCAUUCUAGGAAGUGAGUUAAAUAGUCCAGAGCAUCAUGGUAAAAAUAGCUGUUAUCAGCUUAAUAAGUUUCACUGCAGCUUUGAGGAAGCAAAAAAUUACUGUCAUGCCCAGGGAGGACACCUUGCUUACACUUGGAACCAGGAGAUUCAGGAUCUCAUCUGGGACUUUCUGGAAGAAGGGAAGAAGUGGUGGAUUGGACAAAAUUUAAUGCUGCUGGGAAAAUAUCAAGAAAAAAACCAUCCAAAUAUCGCAGCUCACAGCACCACAAAGCCCUCCAGAUGCACUUACAUGUCCAGAAAGUCCAAACGGGUCUCAUCAAAAGUAGACUUGUGCUCACGAGGGCAUUAUUUCAUUUGCCAGACUGAUGCCUUUUCAGACCAAGAUGCAAGUUAUGAAGGAAAUGGAAAUAAUUCUCACCAGCGUCCCAGGAAGACAAAAAGAGAAAUCACAAUACCAAGAAAUAAAAUGACCUCAGGAGCCACUCAUUUUUCAACCAAAUGUCACCAACCUGCUCAUGCUAAUCCUUCCAAGACCCUGUGCCAUUCUGUCAGCCUGUUUCCUUCCGUCCUCCCCGAAGUCACACACCAGGGAAUGUCAGCCGGGUCUGUACCCACCGGCCAGCCUCCCCCUGUGACGGCAGAGCCCACCAGACCUGCCUGUGCAACACACGCGGGAAAAGCUCUGCCGGGAAUCACUUCCAGCCCCAAAGAGGACUCACGUCCAGGUGUCUCCACCACUCGUCUACGAGCAUUAUUUCAAAGUGCAUCUGACCAGGAAAAUGUGGAGCAUGGCAGUCCGAACUGGGUCAUAAAUGAGAUAGCAUGGAACUUUAGCCAAGCAGUUCAUGGUUUUCAAGCUCACAACAAACUACAGAAAGCUUGUGAAGUACUCCAGAAACUGACAGCCUUUAUCCCAGGAUUUUCUCAGGCAGUUCAGGUUGAUGUUGUCGACUCCCUAAUCUACCUGAGUAAGCAAUUACUGAAAAGCCCAUUUGAGAAUAACAGCACUCUGGGCUUCAGAAUUCCUGUGACUGUCUGCCUCUUUCAUUCCCUCAACAAUGUAGUGAAAGCCAGUAAAGCAAGUGGGCCCAGAUCCAAGCAUGACAUUGAGCAGGUGGAAAAUAUUCUGAAAAUGUCCUUGCUGGCCCUUGGGGAGAUCCAGGAAACAAUUCUACAGCAGAAUCAGCAUGCUGAGCCCUCGGUGACUUUGACCUCUUCAGUCGCUUCCCUGAUGUUGAGCAGGCAAAACGUAUCAACUUUGCCUCUGAGUUCUUACACUCUCGGACACCCAGCACCUGUGACAUUAACCUUCCCGUCAGCUUCGGCUUUGGAGGAACUCUUGAAUAAACACCCAGGAGUUAAUGUUCAAGUAACAGGACUAGCUUUCAAUCCCUUCAAGGAUUUUGAUGACAAGAACAUUGUUGGAAGCAUUGGAAGUGUGUUACUAAGCUCUAAUCGUAACUUGCUCAAAGUCCGUGAUUUAAUGGAAGAUAUUGAGAUCAUUCUCUGGAGAAAUGCAAGCAUUGAAACCCAUCCAACCGUUGUCAACCUGAGCACAGACCAUUUUACUAUCACAGUGAAUAUCACUUCCCUGGAGAAAUCCCUGAUCGUGUACUUAGAGCCCGAAAGUCCCGUUUCGAUGACCAUCUACCUGGGGUUCCAGUAUCAGCCUAACCAUACUUCCUUCCACCUGAACAUCACCCUUCCAAAGUCUCAGGUGCAGCAGAAAGAUGAGGAAUAUACAUGGGUGCUGACUCCAGAGAGUUUGCAGUAUGGGGUCGGCAUCUACCACAUAACAGCUGCGUUGAAUAAAAGCAAGGAUGGUGCUCAGCAGGCGCCCAUCCUGUUCUCCGUCAUAACUGCUGUCACUCAGUGCUAUUUUUGGGACAGCCACAACAGCACAUGGAAGAGCAGCGGAUGUCAGGUUGGGCCACGGAGCACAGUUUUGAGGACACAGUGUCUCUGUAACCACCUGACCUACUUUGGCAGCGACUUCUUCAUUGUGCCCCGGACAGUGAAUGUUGAAGACACGGUUAAGCUAUUCCUGCGUGUGACCAACAACCCUGUUGGGGUGUCACUGCUGGCCAGCCUUCUGGGAUUCUAUACGCUCCUGUUUGUGUGGGCUUGGAGAAAGGAUCGGGCAGAUAUGCAGAAGGUGAAGAUCACUGUCCUGGCUGAUAAUGACCCCAGCUCUCAAUUUCACUAUCUUGUUCAGGUCUCCACUGGAUAUCGAAGAAGGGCCUCUACAACAGCUAAGGUGGUUAUCACCCUUUAUGGAUCAGAGGGGCGGAGUGAGCCCCAUCACCUUUGUGACACCCAGAAGGCAGUCUUUGAACGAGGGGCACUGGAUGUCUUCCUCCUGAGCACUCCGUCCUCUCUAGGGGAGCUGCACAGCCUUCGGCUCUGGCAUGACAAUUCGGGUGCCAGCCCUGGUUGGUAUGUAAAUCAGGUGACUGUCAGCGAUAUGGCGAGUAACAGGAAAUGGCAUUUUCUAUGCAAUUGUUGGUUGGCCGUGGACCUUGGAGACUGUGAGCGUGACCGGGUCUUCAUACCAGCCUCGAAGAAGGAGCUUUCUUCCUUUAGACACCUGUUUUCUUCCAUGAUUGUAGAAAAGUUCACCCAGGAUUAUCUGUGGCUCUCAAUCGCAACUCGACAUCCCUGGAACCAGUUUACGAGGGUCCAGCGGCUCACUUGCUGCAUGGCCCUUCUGCUGUGCAACAUGGUCAUCAAUGUGAUGUUCUGGAAGAUAAACAGCCCCACUGCCCAGAGAGAUGAGCAAGUGGGUCUGUUUGCUGUGACCUGGUCCGAACUGCUUAUCAGCGUCCAAACUGCUGUCAUCCUUUUCCCAAUCAACCUUGCAAUUGGGCGGCUCUUCCCAUCGAUUCAACCACAGGAACCUCGGCCCCUCUUUCCCCCCAUCCAGGCUUCCUGCCUCUCCGAUGCUUCUUUCAAGCCUCUCUCUGUCUCAGAGGUAGUUGAGGAAUUGAAGGAAACUGUGGGAUUUCUUCUUAGGAGAAAUACGCACCUACUCGCAGGGUGUGAACAGUCUUCAUGGAGCUCUUACAACGUGAACCAGCUGGUCACACUUUUAUCCAGCCUCAUGUAUGCUCACCUAGGGGGUCGGGACUGCCACCAGCAGGCAGGACCCUACCGGGCAAACAUGGUUCCCGAAAACCACCAUCAUUUCUGCUGCUACCUGCUCCGAGUCCUGCAGAGACUGCAGUCUCACCUAAGCACGUUGGGUCCCACCCAGGCUGACCAGCCCUGUGACUUCCUAGAUGCAGCCAGCCACCUGCACGCACUCCAGGAACUCUUGGAAACACAUGUUCUUCCCACAGAGCAAGGGCCAUGCAGGGAGGCAACUAGUUUCCCCAUCCUGCGCUCAGAAGAAGGGAGGCAGUUCACCUCUGAUGGCCUCCCCAGAUGGUUGACUUAUGUCUGCUGGCUCCUUCUGGGGGUCACUAGCUUGGCUGCAGCCUUUUUUACAGCACUUUAUAGCCUGGAACUGAACAAAGAGCAAGCCACCAGCUGGGUUAUUUCAAUGAUCUUAUCCAUGCUUCAAAACGUCUUCAUCAUCCAGCCAAUCAAGGUGAUCCUCCUCUCAGUGUUUUUGUCACUGAUUCUGAACAGGAUGCCCUGCCUUAACAAGGAGAAGGAGCAGCAAACAAAGAGGAUCUUGGCACUCUCAGCAAAAUGUUCUUCAUCAUUAUCUGGUUCAAGAGACAAGAGGAACCCCAUCUACAUAGCCCCAGCUAUGAACAAUCCAGUUAAGCGCCCAGAAAGAACCUUGAAAGAGAAGAAACUCUUCAAGCUGACAGGAGAUAUUUUGGUACAAAUCCUCUUCCUUGUCCUGUUGAUGAUCGCAGUCAACUCCACACAGAACUCCAGUAGGUUUCACCUCCAUCAAGCUCUCCAGAAGAGCUUUUCUCACCGUUUCUCAGAGAUCAAACUUCUGAAGCAUUUCUACCCCUGGGCCACUCACACGCUCCUUCCUAACCUGUAUGGGGAUUACAGAGGAUUUGUUACUGAUGGGAACUCCUUUCUUGUGGGCAAUGUUCUGCUUCGUCAGACUCGAACUCCUGGUGCUACAGUCCUUCCAACAAAAGUGUCUCCCCAAGAGCAAGUGAAGCCAUCUCACCCAGAUCUGGAGGAUACGGAGAACUAUGGGGUGAACUGGAGGCCCCUGGAGACAAACAACACAGACUCAGACAGCAUUUGGCAUUAUCAGAAUCAGGAGACACCGGGCGGCUCUCCCAUCCGAGGGGAAUUUGCCACUUACCCAGGAGGAGGAUACGUUGUCAGACUUGGAAGAAACUCCAGUACUGCAGCUGGAGUCCUGCAGCACCUUGAGCAGAGCCACUGGCUAGACCGUCGCACCAAAAGCCUCUUCGUGGAAUUUGUGGUCUUCAAUGCUAAUGUGAACCUGUUCUGUGCAGUGACCCUGAUUUUGGAAUCCAACAGUGUGGGUGCUUUCUUUGCCUCUGUAAGACUGGACACUUUAUCUUUUCUUCACACAUCAAAGAAGGACUUUGCAUGGUCUGUCAUCUCACAAGUCGUCUGUUAUCUCCUAGUCGGUUACUAUGGCUUCAUACAGGGUUGCCGGCUGAAACAGCAGGGAUGGAGGUUCCUCACAAGGAAGAAAAACAUUCUGGACAUGAGCAUAAUCCUUAUUAGCUUUGCCAUCUUGGUGCUUGACGUGAAGCUUAUUUCUCUACAUAAGAAAAACAUGGCACAAUACCGCCAUGACCAUGACAGGUUCAUCAACUUCUCUGAAGCAGUAAAAGUGAACUCAGCCGUCAUUCACCUCAUGGGCUUCCUGCUUCUGUUGGCAACUGUUCGGCUAUGGAACCUGAUGCAUCAUAACCCACGGUUGCAGGUCAUCAGUAGAACACUCAACAAAGCCUGGGAUGAGGUGGUGGGCUUCUUGCUGGUUAUCCUGAUCCUGCUGACUGGCUAUGCCAUUGCUUUUAACCUGCUGUUUGGAUGGAACAUUUCUGAAUACCGAACGUUCUUCAGCUCAGCAGUGACUUUUGUUGGUCUCCUGAUGGGACUCUCUCAUUACACGGAGAUUAUUGCUUUAGACCCAAUCCUGGGCUCCUUCCUGAUCCUCGCCAGUGUCCUCUUGAUGAUACUUGUGAUCCUAAACCUUUUUGUUUCUGCCAUUCUGAUGUCCUUUAGCAAAGAAAGAAAGUCCCUUAAGAGUUGGAAAGAAGCUGCACUAAUAGAUAUGCUGCUACAGAAACUGUCCAGUUUGUUAGGAAUUCAAAACCACCCUUACAACACAUGUCCUGGACCCAAGCCAGAACUCUCUGCAGACCCCAGGAGUAACCAAGCAAACUCCCAGAUGUGAUCUGGGCUUACAGAGAAUAGAACGGGCCCCUUAUUGCUAUGGGCGGCCACAUUACCCAGGGAGCCAAAGGUGCCAAAGGCCAGGACUGACUUGUGCCCAGCAUGGAUCACCUGCUAAAAAUACUCUCCACUAAAAUCCACAGCUCAUCACUUGAUCAAACCAGGAGAAAGCAGGGCACAGAAUUUUUAA